AUGUUUUUUACUACACAGCGUAAGAGGUUAAGACCAAAUGCUGAACCCACAUUAUUUGGUGAUAUACUGUUCAAGUGCGUAAAAUUCAGGUCUGCCUAUUUAUACCAACCUAAGCAUCCAUAUUAUGACGACGAUGAUGUUUGUAUCGGUGUAAUGGAUGUAAUUUGUCAAUAUUGCAAUGCAAUGAAAUUCAAAGGUAGUUUAUUAGUGUAUACAUUUUUAGAAUUUUAA